UCCUUGAUUUUUAAAGCCUAUAUACAACUCAUAGUGAUAAUAGUAAUAGUAUUGUGUCUGUUGGCAGCGUUAUUCUUUUUAAUCGAUAUCACGAUGGUACUCGCAUUUUGGAAAAGAAGAUGCUCAAUCUGCGAACAAUGUUGCAGUAAUAACAUAAUGGAACUUCUAUUACACAGAGCCAACGAAUUAAAUAAACUUGAAACCGAAAUAAUGAGGCACGAUGUAACGACGAGCUUGAGUGACAUCAGGGUACCCUGUGAACUGGAAGAUGUUACAACGCCUGAUCACUGUUACCGCAAAGUCGGAUAUUCUCGACGGCGACAAUACAUUGACUGUCCUACAUUAUGCCCAUCAUUAUGCAAUCUUGGCGUCGCUCAAAUUCAAACGGAAUCGAGAAAGAUGUCCGUUGUGGAAAGUCAAACUCCGAGUGCAAACAUGAAGGAAACACCGAUACAAACAUUGAGCAAAUGCGAUCUCUGUCGUCAACACAUACAGCUUCCCGUAGAAACUCCUCCUGUGUCCAAUAUGCAUUGUUUCCAACAUCCACAAUGGAGUUAUCCUGCUAUCGUGCAGUUUCUUCGUGGAGAGGUCAGCGCGCCGUGUUGCUCUGGAUGCAAAUGCAUACCGGAUAAUGCACAGAUGCAACAACAAUCACAGCAAAUAAUGUACAAUAAUAAUAUGAGACCACUGAUAUCAAAAGUAAAAUCUAAUUCUCAUAAAAUGAUGAAUGACGCAAUACAGCAGGUUACAAAUAUUGAAAGCAGAAACAAUAUUAUAAGAACAACGCAACCAACUCCCACAUAUAUUGCUUCAGUUUGUGGACCGGACAAAAAAAUGCAGAUCGAAUUGGAUAUCGACUACAAACAAAAAGUGUCUACAACAGAGAUUAAAAAAGUCAAGGGAGAGGAGAAAGAUCAGAAAAUUGCGAAAAUUAAAGACUCCGAUAUAAUCGAAAAGAUAAUCAUAGGGCAUGAAAACGUAAAAGAAAGAAAGAAGGACAGCAAGGAAAGAUGCGAAGAAAAGAAAACAAUCGAAGAAAAUAAGAUCAAAAGGAGUAAGGGAGGAGGAGAACAUAGUCCUAGAAUUUAUCAAGAGUUUAAGGAUGUAAUGGAACAAGAAAACAUAACAAACUUAAAGGAAUCGUCGAUACAUACGAGCAGAAUUUUAAGCACGCCGUUAAGUAGUAGAAUGAAACCUCGAACGUUGUUACAUUUAAAAUCAAAUAAAGUGGAUCCAAUUACAGACGUAAAUGUAUUCGUGAUAAAUGAGGACUGCAUCCCCGAAAAGAUGGCAUCCAGGACGAUACUUGAUAAUCAGAGUCAAUCAUUUCAUAGUCAAGAAAGCGAGCAUUCAGCAAAGAUUGGAACGCCGAAUUCUAUAAUUGAACGUCAGUCGAACGCUGCUUGUUUGCUCUACAAGCGACAGAAGAGUUUAACGCCAACUUCGGACAAUUCAAGAUACUAUAUCGUCUUUAAGGAUAAAAAGGGAAGAUACUUCUGUGAAUUUUGCGCACCGCCGGAAACUAAAAAGAUAACAAGCAGAUUCGAAGGCACGGACUUAAGAAAGUUACGAUGUGCCAGUUGUCGAUUGCAUUUUCGUGAUCGAGGAAUCAGAACUAAAUCAGAUACCUGUCCAAGAUACACUCGAUUGCAAAAGCACAUGGCUUCUCCCUCCACCACGUAAACAACAAUCACAAUUACAUAUCUCGCGUCGAUAAAACCGCACAUUGUGACCGAAAACGUCGAUCGUGAUUACUUCGUUAAAAAUAUUUAUUCCUUACAAUAAUAGUCAUUAGAAAUAGCGAUUAAGGAACUUAAAAGUAUAUUUGUCUUCGCGCGGACAUGCUGAGAAGAAAUAAGCAACGCUGAUCGCGUUGUUGAUUAUUAUUAGCUGUAACUUAACACUAUGGUGUAAGAUAACACUAUCGAAAGAACAUGAUUCGUACUUCUUUGCGACAUUCCUCGAAACAUGAUAUAAAGUGCGGGAUGCACAGCCAGCGGUGGGAUGCGCGUCACUUGUAAUCUGCUGUAACAUCAUUAAUGUAACGCUGGCUUAAUGUCGAUUUUAUCUUUAUCUUUCAUUUUCAGUCUUGUAUUCUUAAAAUAUAGCAUGAUUUCUCGGAAAUGAGGUUUGGUUUAAGGUUCCUGACUAGCCGCCGCGAUCAUAUUGGAUCGUGACGUGAUAAAAAAAUGACACGUUGAAGUUUCUUGCUUGCCACUUAUGAAUAAAGAGAAUUUUAUUAAAAUAAUAAUGAGACAUGAGGAUAGUCCAUUUUUAUAAAUGUUUUAAAGCAUCUUAUUAUUUUUUCCGAAGCCAUUCUUAUCUUCCCUAUAGUCAAUAAAUAGUUGUAAAAGACAAGUGAAGUGAAAAUAGGCAUAAUACAUUUUUAUGCCUAUUUUCACUUU